GGGUCCAGAGUUUAGAUAGACAGACUGAAAAAACAACUGUCCUUAGUUUGCAUUGUCUCGUCAUCUUUACCAUCUGCUGGAGUACUUUACAGGAAAGAAAACCCUUUUUUUGUGUUUGUCUUUUUUUUUUUUUGUCAGUUUCCCGUUGGAUUUGUUUUAUGAGAAAGGGCCAACGCGGUACUGCUAAAAUGCAUAUCUUUGGGAUGAGAACGGCAUGGCUGCUGUGCUGUGCUCUAACAUGUGUUUCUGGGGUAAGAAGAGAGUAUUUUCUCAGGAUAGAGGAAGUGCCCUGGAACUACCUACCGAGUGGUAUGAACCUCAUUCAGAACCGCACACUGCAGGAGGACGAGUAAGCUUCAGUCUUUUUAAAAAAAGGCCCCCAGCGUAUCGGCCCCGUCUACAAGAAAGCCGUCUAUAAACAGUACACGGACAGCAGCUACAGAACAGAGGUCACCAAGCCGAGCUGGUUGGGUUAUCUGGGACCCAUGUUGAUGGCUGAGGAGGGAGACACCGUAUUUGUCCAUCUGAAAAACGCAGCUUCCAGACCUUACAGCAUCCACCCACACGGACUCAACUACAGCAAGGGCAAUGAGGGAGCCCUGUACCCAGACGGCACAUCUCACUCCCUGAAGAACGAUGACUCAAUACCUCCUGGUAGGAUAGUGAGCUAUGAGUGGACCAUCCCAGAGUCCCACGGCCCCAUGUCCCUGGACAGCAACUGCAUGAGCAGGUUCUACCACUCACACGUCUUCCCAAUAAAGGACAUCAACUCAGGACUGAUAGGACCCCUUCUCAUCUGUAAGAGAGGAACUCUGGAUAUAGACGGCGACAGUGCAGUGGACUACACGUAUGCUCUGUUGUUCAUGGUGUCAGAUGAGAACUUCAGCUGGUACCUGGAUGAAAACAUCAGGACACACGUCUUGAAUCCAGCCAGAGACCUGAAGGAGGAUGAAGAUUUCAAUGAGAGCAACAAGAUGCAUGGAAUAAAUGGUUUUCUGUAUGGAAAUCUACCCGGACUGAGCAUGUGCCAAGGCAACAAAAUCAACUGGCACAUGAUAGGCUUAGGCAAUGAGGUGGACAUGCACUCAGUUCAUUUCCAUGGCCAGAUCCUGACCACUUUGAACCAUCACACUGACACAGUGAGUCUCUUUCCUGCAUCCAGCACCACGGCUCACAUGGUGGCCGACAACCCCGGGCACUGGCUGCUCACAUGCACCGUCAACGACCACCUGAUGGCUGGAAUGCAGGCUUUGUUUGAGAUCAAGAAGUGUUUCCCCAAUGUCCACAAGCCCCGGCCUCACGGUGAGGUCAGGCAGUUCUUCAUCGCUGCUGAAGAAGAGGUGUGGGACUACGCCCCGACAGUCCCUAAUGAUGCUGAGGCGGAGAUGUUUGUAAAAAGAGGUACGAACCGGAUUGGAAGUCGUUAUAAGAAGGUUCGCUACGUUGAAUAUACGGACAACACUUUCACCACGAAGAUGCUGCGGAGCCCAGAGGAGAGGCACCUUGGAAUUCUGGGUCCUGUGCUGAGAGCUGAAGAGAAAGACACAAUCAAGGUGAUGUUUAAAAACAAAGCCAGCCGACCUUACUCCAUACAGCCACACGGAGUCCAGUACAGCAUAGAGCAGGACGGGACACUCUACUACAAUGAGCUGGAAGAGUCGUACACAGAAAAGAAGCUACGCGAGCUCAAGAGACAGCCAAGAGUGGUGACGCCAGCACCGGCUGCUCUGGUCAGACCCGGGACGGUGUACAGCUAUGAGUGGUUGGUGCCGGUGGGUGCUGGUCCGGUGCAGGGCGAGGCCGACUGUCUCACCUACCUGUACUACUCUGCAGUGGACCCAGUGAAGGACACCAGCUCUGGGGCGGUCGGGCCUCUCCUCAUCUGUCGGCCUGGAUCUCUGAAGAAAGGGGUUCAGAAAAACUACAAUAAAGAGUUUCACCUGAUGGCCACAAUUUUUGACGAGAACCUCAGCUGGUAUCUGGAUGACAACAUCCGGAGUUUCGCCACUGCUCCCAACACUGUUAACAAGGAAGACGAAGGCUUCAAAGACAGCAACAAGAUGCACGCCAUCAAUGGAUUCGUGUAUGGAAACCUUCCCGGCCUGAGCAUGUGUAAGGGGGACAAAGUCACAUGGCACCUGUCGGGACUGGGUUCGGAGACGGACAUCAUUACCCUUUACUUCCAGGGCAACCGCUUCCUCUACCAACAGAGCAGACGAGACACCAUCAGCGUCUUCCCUCACAUCUCACACACCGUCAGUAUGGAGCCCGACAGCAUGGGUCAGUUUGAAGUGGUUUCUGCUACUGUGGACCAUUAUCGUCAUGGGAUGCGAGCAAAUUACACGGUGCAGAAGUGCAGCGUCUUUCAACGACAGGGUGAAGUGAUGCUCCAUUCAAAAACGUACUACAUCGCUGCCGUUGAAACAGACUGGGACUACUCUCCAAACCGCACCUUUGAGACGGAGAUGUUCAGAGGUGCAGAGAAUCCUGCUCUCAUGUUCGUUGACAAGCGCGAUGGAUUUAUUGGCUCCCGUUACAAGAAGGUUGUUUACCGAGAGUUCACCAACAACAAGUUUACGAAGCAGGUGGAAAGAGGUGCCGAUGAGGAACAUCUGGGAUUAAUGGGUCCAAUGAUCCAUGCCAACGUGGGGGACAAAGUUAGUAUAGUUUUCAAGAAUAUGGCAUCCAGACCUUAUUCCAUACAUGCCCAUGGAGUCAAAACAGAAUCACCUGCUGUCCACGAAACCAAACCAGGUGAAACUCACACAUACGCCUGGUACGUCAACAAGAACACAGGUCCGACUGCUGAUCAAGAGGAGUGCGCAGUGUCAGCAUACUACUCCACUGUAGAUGUUGCAAAGGACCUUUACAGCGGGCUGAUUGGUCCGCUGGUGAUCUGUCGCCGCAGCUGGGCCAGGUCUCUAGGACUAAAGAAGGAAAUAGAAGAGUUUGCUCUCCUCUUCGUGGUUUUUGAUGAGAAUGAAAGUUGGUAUCUGGAUGAAAACAUCAGGAAUCACGUCAACAACCCACGUCCAAAUUUAAAGGAUGAAGAUGACUUUAUAGAGAGCAAUAAAAUGCACGCAAUUAAUGGUUAUGUGUAUGGAAACCUCAAUGGUUUGAACAUGGAGGUUGGUGAUAAGGUGUACUGGUACCUGAUGGGAAUGGGCAACGAGGUGGACAUACACACUGUACACUGGCAUGGCCACAGUGUGGAAUAUAAGAUGGGUGGAGGUCCCCACCGCGUUGACUCUUAUGAGCUGUUUCCAGCCAUCUUCCAGACGGUUAAGAUGCGUCCUCAGUUUCCAGGCACCUGGCUGCUUCACUGUCACGUCACUGACCACAUUAAAGCUGGAAUGGAGGCGUUGUACAAUGUCUUUGAAAAACCACAGAGAAAGGGAAUCAUAGGAUGAGCUGCUGAUGAGAAGACAGUCAGGGACACGUUAAAUGUUGGUUUUUAUGUGCCUAAUUAACCGGACAAACUUGUUUGUAAAAUCUGUCUAAUGUGAAGAGCUUGCGGCACAAACUGCAAACAGAAUCAAUCCCUCAUGUUAUCAUGUAUGUCAAGCAUCCAAUAGGUGUUUUGGGAUUUUUGAACAGUGAAAACUGCCUGAUACAUUGUGAACAUUUUUAAAUAAAUGAAUUUUAAAGCUUGGAA